AUGGAGCAGACUUCAGAGAACCCGCUGCUUUCAGUCAAGCCUUCAGACUCAGGCACCUCUGUGUCUCUUCAUCCUCUUGUGCUCCUUACAGCGUCGGAUCAGAUUACCCGACACCGCGUCCGCGGCGAGUCGCAGCCUAUAAUUGGCAUUCUGCUCGGCCAACAGAAAGGCCGUGAGAUCACUGCAGAACACGCUUUCGCUGCUGCACUCGACAAAGAUGAGUCCGGCAGGUACAGUUUCAAGCAACCAUGGCUCGAUCAGAGAACCCAGCAAUAUCGCGACGUCCACAAGGCUCCUGCUCUUGAUGUCGUAGGCUGGUUCACUCUUGUCCCGACCUCUGGCCCGCUACCUGAGCUUGUCCAAUUCCAGCGUUAUAUCACCAGCCUCAACGAGACCAAUGUCCUAUUAGCAAUCCACCCAACCGCAUUCGAGCGCUCCGAGUCAGCCGACCAGAAGCUUCCCGUCACAAUCUACGAGAGCGUCCUCGAGUCAGAUGGUGCAAAAGAUGAAGGCUCCAUGCAAAUUGACGGUGAGGAAAGCUCCGACCUCAAGUUCCGACCCGUCCCGUACACAAUCGAAACCGAUGAGACCGAGAUGAUCGCCAUCAACUUUGUUUCCAAGGGUGCCGGUAGUGCAGCUGCGGUCGCUGACUCCGCGGCGAGCGCUACAGCCGUUGCUCAACCUCCCCCCGAGGACCGUAAGGGGAAGAAGCGUGCCUCUCCAGAAGCCAGCGAAACCAAACUCCACACUCCUACCGAUCUCGAAGUCCUUUCCUCGGAGGAGCAAGAUCAGAUCGCCAGUCUCACCACCCGUCUCAAUUCCAUAAGGAUGCUUGAAUCGCGCAUAGCCCAGAUCAAGACCUUUGUCUCCGCGCUGCCCCCCUCUUACCUCUCCGACUCCUCCCUACCAAUUACCGGCGAAUCUCCAGACCCGGAGCUCCUGCCACAUCUCCGCAGCAUUCAAGCUCUUCUCACCCGGCUCUCGCUGCUUACACCACCCGAGUCCGCCGAUGGUACCGAAAACGAGCUUGAAGCCGCCGCCAAAGCGCAGAAGAAUGACGUUUCAUUGACGCAGCUCCUGAGCACGCUGAGCAAGGAUGUGCAGGGCCUACAGGAAUUGGGCAAGACGUUCGCAGGCGUCGAGCAGACGCGAUCGAGCAAGCGUAAGGCGGGCGGUGGACCGUUCGACGUGGGUAAUCUGCCGGACUUCGGCGGGUACCAGGGUCCUGGGGGUCGAAGCCUGCUUGUGUAG